AUGAUACGGGUCCUAGCUGGUCUAACACGUUUCAAUGCCAUUGACAUUUCUGAAUCCAGACAUCAUCAAACAGAUGGUCAUAUUGAUCUCAGUAUCCAGAACUUCAAACGCAAACUUCGAGAACACAUUCCAGUUUGUACUUCUCUUUGUACCUCUUCUUCCAGAUUGUAUUUUAAAGCAAACUGUUUCCUUUCAGCAUUGAGUCUCAGAUAUAUGAAAAUGCCAUCAUUCAACCUGUUUGGAUAUUUCAUCUUAUUUGGUCUUUAUUUUAACUGCUUUAGUGCCCUACCUGUGACAGAUGAUCCAGUCUAUUCAGGAUGUGACUGCUCAGAUAUUUGGCUGAGAAACCAAAGCUCUGUCAGCGGCGUUUACAGAAUUAAACCUAUUGGAGCCGCAAAUUCAUUCGAGGCUUUCUGUGAAAUGAGGGAGGACGGUGGAUUGACUCUAAUCCAAAGCCACAAUGGAAACGAUAAAUUGCCCUUCGACACAGAUUGGGAUGACUACAAAGAGGGAUUUGGAAACCUGACUGGGGAACAUUGGCUGGGACUUGAGAAGAUGUAUCUGCUGACCCAUCAGGGUUGCAGAGCUGCAGACCUGCUUAUCAGCCUGGGAGACUUUGAUAAAUCAGAGGCUUCUGCGCUAUACAGCCCUUUUACCAUCGGCUCUGAGGACACGCAGUACAAGAUAUCGCUGGGAAACUAUUCCGGGAAUGCAGGAGAUGCUUUCAGAGCAAGAUUGAAUGUAAAAGAUGUAAGAUCCAAUCAGGAUGGGAGCUCUUUCAGCACCCGGGACAGAGACAAUGACAACUGUGACCCAUGCUUUAAGGGUGAUAUCAUCUUCAAUAGCUGUGCCCGGGAUUAUAGCUCAGGCUGGUGGUUCAAUGGAUGCGGAUUAGCAAAUCUGAAUGGUCGCUGGCGUCCGGCACAGAAUAGUAUAGGCUGGCGUUCCUCGGUGUCUUGGGAAACAUGGAGAAACAACAAGUCUCUGAUGUUUAGUAAGAUGUACAUAAAAAACUAUUAACGGGAACAUUUUA